GGAGCACAAGACCCAUCAGCAGCUGGUGCUGGGCGGAGUUCAAAGGCGGAAGUGGAGACACAGCAAAACAACCCCGUUACUAAUAUUUAUGUCUUAUUUGUAGACAUGCAUUUCAUCUUCACCACGUCCAGUUGACCUGACGCUCAGUAGUGGAACAGUUGUCAAGCCACAUCCGGUUCUGUGGGAGAUUUCUUCCUGAGUUUUUCCGGUCCGCUGUCACCCAAGCGCCUGCUCAUGCUCAAGAGCAUUUGCAUGAAGCCUUUGGAUACGACUGGUACUUUCUGUCGUUGAGAGACACUAUGGAGGAGACGAGUCGGGAGGCAGUAGCCACCGCAGUGCAGCGUGUGGCGGGAAUGCUGCAGAGGUCGGACCAGCUGGACAAAGUGGAGCAGUACAGAAGAAGAGAGGCCCGCAAAAAGGCCUCUGUGGAAGCCAGGCUGAAGGCAGCCAUCCAGUCCCAGCUGGACGGUGUCCGCACCGGACUGACCCAGCUGCACAGUGCCCUGUUGGACGUCAAAGACAUCCAGAGCUCGCUGGCUGAUGUCAGUAAAGACUGGAGGCAGAGUAUCAACACCAUUGAGAACCUGAAAGAUGUCAAGGAUGCCGUAGUUCAACACAGUCAGCUGGCCUCCGCUGUGGAGAACCUUAAAAACAUUUUCUCUGUACCAGAAAUUGUGGCAGACACACAGCAGCUAAUAGAACAGGCGGAGUUGCUGCAGGCCCACAGGAAGCUGAUGGAGCUGGAGUGUUCACGGGAUGACCUCAUGUAUGAGCAGUACCGUAUGGACAGCAAGAACACCAGUGACAUGAACCUCAUCUCCAUCUACUUUGAAGAUGUCCAGGGUUUGUCAGAUGAGUUGGCCAAACAGUUAUGGAUGGUACUGCAGAGGUCCAUGGUGACGGUUCGUCGUGACCCUACCAUGCUGGUGUCAGUGGUUCGUAUCAUUGAGCGCGAGGAGAAGAUAGAUCGGCGUAUGGUCGACCGUAAGAAGCAGACUGGGUUCAUUCCACCUGGACGACCCAAACGUUGGAAGGACAAGAUGUUUGAGGUGUUGGAGGGUACAGUCAGCACCCGCAUCGAGGGCACGCAGUCCGUGACGAGAGAGGCCGAUAAAAUGUGGCUGGUUCGUCUUCUAGAAAUAACCAGGAAAUACGUUCUGGACGACCUUAUUGUUGUAAAGAACCUCAUGGUGCAGUGCUUCCCCCCACACUACAACACUUUCAACAGGUUUUUCCGUCUCUACCACAGCGCUGUUUCCACACGUGUCAAAGAACUGGCUGCAGAGGACUUGGAGGCUAAUGAGAUUGUGUCUCUGCUUACCUGGGUCCUCAACACAUAUAAGAGUGUGGAGAUGAUGGGCCACCCAGAGCUCCAUUCAGAGUGCGACAUCAACCAGCUGGAACCUCUGCUGCCUCAGGACGUGGUGGAUGACCUGCUUAGCAAAUAUGUCAAGACUUUUACAUCUAAUAUAACAGGCUGGCUGCGGAAGGCCCUGGAAACUGAUAAGAAGGACUGGCAGAAAGAAACAGAGCCUGAGGCUGACCAAGAUGGGUACUACCAGACCACACUGCCCGCCAUUGUCUUUCAGAUGUUUGAGCAGAACCUGCAAGUCGCCGCGCAGAUUGAUGGGGAUUUCAAAGAGCAGGUUCUGAAGCUGUGCCUGAAACAGAUGAACACUUUCCUCAUCAGGUACAGAGAGGAGGCAGUGACCUACAAGGAGGACCACCUGAGAGACAGACAGCUGCCUCAGUGUUACGUACAGUACAUGAUAGCCAUCAUUAACAACUGCCAGACAUUCAAAGAGUCCAUCAACAGUCUGAAGAGGAAGUACUCUCAGUCCUCAGAGCCCACUGACAGUGAUGCUGCCAUAGAGAGGACGCUCAAUGAAGUCGCCAAGGAGGGAUGUCAGUUCCUAUUGGAUGAAGUCUUCCUAGACCUUGAACAUCACCUGAAUGAGCUGCUGACCAGGAAGUGGCUGACAGGCUCGCAUGCUGUGGAUACAAUCUGUGUGACUGUGGAGGACUACUUCAAUGAUUUCAACAAGAUCAAGAAGCCCUUCAAUCAGGAGAUGACGAGCGAGGCUCUGCGCAGGGUGGUGGUGGAGUACAUCAAAGCCGUGAUGCAGAAGAGGAUCACCUUUAAAAAUGCUGAUGAGAGGAGGGAGGGGGCUGAGAGGAUGAUCAAAGAGGCGGACCAGUUCAAGUUCCUCUUCAGGAAACUGGCUGCUGGUGAAGACACAGAUCGACUUUGCGGUGCCAUUGCUGCGAUUGCGGAAGUGUUUAAGCUGACUGACCCCACGCUGCUGUUCCUGGAGGUCUCCACUCUGGUGUCCAAGUAUCCUGACAUCAGGGAGGAGCACAUCCAGGCGUUGCUGGCAGUGCGUGGUGAUGCCAGCAGGGAAAUGCGGCAGAUGAUCAUCGGGACUCUCAGCGAGAACAAAGUGUCCUACUCUAGUGUCGCACAGCCUAUCUUCAAAGACAUCACCGUGCCCACCAUCACCAUGACUACCAUGACUACCAUGACCUCCAUGGCAACUGCGAAGCUGCUCAAAUAAAGCCAGUUACCAUGACGCCAUUUCCACCUUCAGCACCUUCAGAUGCGAUAACACGAGCAAAACGUCUUUUUCCAGACACUCAGUUAUUCUUAAUUGUGUAACACAACUUGCCCUGUUUUGUGCGUCCACCCUUUAUUUGCCGUGUUUAAUUUUCACCCUGAUCCCACGUCGGCUUGAACAGAAACAAAAUAAAAUUGUAGCUGUGAAGCUGGGCUGUAGUAUGACUGCUAAUUAAAGGUCAAAGCAUCACA